AUGGGUGCUGGGGCCGUUUUAGAACCACUCGUGGUGAUCGUCUUACUCUUUGGUGGUACUUGGAUCAACCGACGUACAGACGCUUUCAUUUCGAGAAGUCAUAUCCAGCAUCACCGUCGAAGAUCCUCCGAAUACGUGCGUUCGGGUUCUCCGGAUUCUCUAGAGUCGGGAUACGCUAGUCCAACACCCAAGGAUGGUCUCUUGAGCCCGCGUGCAGAUUCCCCGUUAUCUAUACUUGACGAUGAACGAUGGCAGACACGGCAGGUUGGCAUACUGGGUCUAUCGUGGCGUGUGAAGUCUCCCAAUACUGAGAUCUUUCAAGAUCGUUUAUUGAGUCGGUUGCUUGGGAAGCUACCAUUUCUUGCAGAAUGUUGGUAUUGGGCUUUGGUAUACUGGACUUACCAGCUUGGUCGAGCAUUCACCGCUGUAAAGCUCCAGGAGGGGACCGUCGAUGUGGCUCGUCACCACGCCCUGCAAAUAAUCCAACUCGAGCAGAGACUGGGUAUCUUUUGGGAGCUUGAGAUUCAGCGAUAUUUCCUUACCCACCCUCUAGCCAUGAAAUGGAUCAACUGGACAUACUCCUUCAUUCAUAUCCCUGGAACAAUUGCUUUUCUGGUUUGGCUCUAUUAUUAUACCAUCACACGGAACCGGGUCGAUGAGCCUCAAGCUGGGAAGCCUCGAGGUACAGUGAGUGGAUCGCCGGCAGGUCCACUUCUUUACGAAGCCCGCCGUCGAACUUUAGCCGGGUGCAACCUGUUGGCGUUUGUAGUCUUUACAUUAUGGCCAUGCAUGCCACCACGAUUGCUCAGUGACCUGACUGCAGAAGGGCCCGAUGCAGACUUGGGUCGUAGUUAUGGGUUUGUGGACACUGUUCAUGGUUCCAAUGGAGCAGGAAGUGUCUGGACAGAGAAUCGCUUUUGCAAUCAAUAUGCGGCGAUGCCCUCCUUACAUUUCGGAUAUUCUCUUAUGAUUGGACUUACGAUCAUGACCAUCCCUCUUCGUUUCCGCCACCGACGAGCAGUUCGCAUCCGUUUAAUCCGCAACUUUGGACUUCGGUUACCGUCUUGGCAUCUUUUAGCUUGUCUGUUACUUGGAUUCUUAUAUCCUUUUAUCAUCCUGGUUGCCAUCGUGUCUACUGCAAAUCAUUUUAUUCUUGAUGCUGUUGCAGGCACCCUGGUAUGUGUCCUUGGAUGGCAGUUGAAUGGCGUGUUAUUGAACCUGUUGCCGCUGGAGGAUUACUUUCUCUGGCUUGUACGAAUAUGCAAACCUGAGCCUUCAGAGAUGAAGGUGGAUAAUUUGAGCGACUCGGACAGUGAGGCUGAAGAUGGAAACCGCAUACUUGCAUAA